ACUAGACAUUUGUUUCUGUCAAGGUUAUUAUUUCAGUAAGCCAGUUAAUUGCUGAUGUUGUUGGAAUUGGAGGAACUAGAUUUCAGCAGUCCCUGUCCAUCAUCAAUAAUUGUGCCAAUCACGACAAAAUUAUUAAGCACACUACGUUCCCUUCUGAUGUAAAGGAUUUAACAAAACGUAUUCGUACAGUACUGAUGGCUACAGCUCAGAUGAAGGAGCAUGAGAACGAUCCCGAAAUGCUUGUAGACCUCCAGUACAGUUUGGCAAAGUCUUACGCUAGUACACCUGAGCUAAGGAAGACGUGGUUGGACAGCAUGGCAAGGAUCCAUGUUAAAAAUGGGGAUCUUUCAGAGGCAGCAAUGUGCUAUGUUCAUGUAGCAGCACUGGUUGCAGAAUAUCUCACACGGAAAGGGAUGUUUAGGCAAGGCUGUAUUGCCUUCAGAGUAAUCACACCCAAUAUAGAUGAAGAAGCUUCAAUGAUGGAGGAUGUCGGGAUGCAAGAUGUUCACUUCAACGAAGUAAGUAAACAUCAGCAUGUAAGAACUGAUGCACAUUAAAGCGCCAUUUGUUUU